GUCAUACACCUGCACCGAGGAUUGUUGAUGAAAGCAUGUAGGGCCUUCAGCUCACACUACUGGAUGACAGCUAAGCACAGGGAUCUCUACUGAGUGUCACUGGACUACAAUAACUCCGAGCAGAGAGUUCUCCCUGGAGCAUCUUGAUACUGAACUGAGCAUUACCGCAAUAACAUAAAUGCUGCCAGAGUUGCCAGCGUCUCUGGCAACGAGCCACACUAUCAAAAUGCUGGCCAUUAUAAAGGAAUGGAAGGAGAGGUCUGGCAUUCAUACAGACAACACUGAGAUGUAUCUGUUACUUAUGCUUUUCAAGUUGGGACUGGACGCGGUGGUCUUUUACCUAUGCUGUCGGAAGCUGCAUACCUCCUUUUUAAGCAUGUGCAGCCGGUCCAUCAUCCUGGCUGACUUGGUGAUGGUGUUUUGUAUGUCGACUGUGUGGUUGCUCGGGGCUGAAAGGUCUCUUGUGUCACCCUGCUUCCUUUUGGCUCAUACCUCGGCGACAUUUGCAGCACUGCCACUGCCCAUGACAUGUUUGGGUUUAUUGGACUACUGUAUAGAAGAUACCUGCAUUGGCAACCAGAGCGCCCUCUGCAAAUUCCUCAGGAAUUUGGUCUUGACAUUGCUGUUGUGGAUAGUAGCUGUUAUUUACUCCUUUGGAACCAUGAACGCUAAGCUGAUAGAACUAGAUUAUGAGACAGGGGUAAAGGCUGUGGUUUGUGAAGUUGAGGGGUCUAUGCUAGUUACCUACUUCACUUUGGGCCUUUUCACCAUAGUACUUUUCGCAAUGCUGCCCUUUUGGUCAAGAAUUCUCCAGUGGGUGAAAGAGGCUGACAGGAUAUCUGAACUGAGGGAAGAACAAGAGAACCAGAGGAGCGACUUCUUCACUUCAACCCCCUCCACGGAAACAAAAAGGUGUCAAGAGAAGUAUCUGGAAGAGACCAUCUAUCCACGACCGCCUCUGUGGUUCAGCCUAACUCUGGGCUUUACUAUGUUUUGGAUGCCUUAUCUUGCAAUAUCUGUAAUGUGCCUGGUCUUUGGCUAUGGAGUACCCGCCUACAUCACUGUUAACCUUCUAUGGCUGGAGUGCACCAACAGUUUACUGGUGGGUGUGGUGUUCUGGGUGAAGAGCAAGUCGCAAGGGCCAUACAGCCAUCUACCAGAAAAUGUGUGCCUAUGGAACGUUUACUGGCAUUUGAGUAAAGGAACGUGGCAGCAGCAGCGCCCUACAGCUGUGUUCAACCCAUCAAAAGCGAAGAGAAACACUCUUCUCUAUGUGUAAUACAAACACGUUCAACAAUGACCCAUCACACACCUGACAGCACAUGACAAAAGUGAAACCAGUGAUACGAGGAAGUCAAUUAAAACAUAAGAAUGUCCAAACCUCUAUGGUUAAUUCACCUAUGUGAAUAUCAUAACAGUCAAUAAGCGUAUUGAAGACACAGAAAUGCUGCAUCUCUCAUGUCUCCAUCAGCACAUACAUGAGUUCCCUGGAACUGAACAGGAAAGUGAUGCAGUUCAGAAGAGACUGCGACCGGACUUCUGUGUCUGUGGCCACUCACAGCAACUCUAAACUUCUGUAAAUAUUUUCUAGUUGCAUGUGUAUAUGCUUGUCAUAUAGUCCUAUUUAAAUAUCAUUUCAUAUUUAGGGGAAAAGGUAUGAUGACUAUUUAUUUUUCUGCCUUUUGCUUAAAUAGAUCCAGUUUGGUCUAAUCUGCUCUUUUCAGCAACAUAAGUUUAAUGUGUACAGAUCAUAAAGCUCCAGAACAGAUACUUAACGGAGACUGUGAUGAGAUGUUUUCUCGGCUGCUGUUGUGAAGCCUCAUUUUCUCAAUCAGCUUCUUACCAUGAGCAGCAGCAUCCUACAUGGACAUACAGUGUUGAUGUCAGGUUACAACAGUGCUGGUUGUUUCACAUGACAGAUCUGUGACUGUGCUAUUUUCGCUGUGCUCUUCUCACUGUUUUUAAAUGCGUUGGGCUCAGUCAGGAAAAGAUAACAACACAUACUUUUAACAAUGAACCAGUCAAUGGUGAAGUUGUUUGCUUUUGUUUCCAGCACUGAUCAAACCGCACAGUCCUGAUGAAGCUGAUGAUUUUAUACCUAAUAAUAGCUAGUGACUCUAAAUUUGUUCAUUGACUUUCUCUAGUCACGAAUAGCCUGUGUCACUCAAAGAAAAUUAGUACAUGCCACAAACGUGUUCACUGAAGGUAGCUUAUUUCAGGCAGCACUACAUGCAUCCUAAUUAAUACAUCUAUUGGUCAAUGCUGUAUUUUUAAAACUACAAAAUGUAAUGACCAUCUGUGCUGACAUGCACAUGGUAAAUCAGGUAAGGUAUUUCCAAUGCAGAGGGCUGGUUAUUAGACAACUCUGAAUUGGCUACUUUAUCAAGCUUGCUAAAUGCACUCAAACAUGCAGUAAACCAAUAAUUUCAGCAACUGGAUUCAUUAACUUAUUCUGAAUUGAAAGAGUUGAAAUGAUUCCAUGUUGAGACAGAUGCUCACACAGGAACACAGCUCAGUGACAAGUUACCAUGGCCUGAAUAUGUAAAUAUUAAAUUUCAUUUCCUUAAGUUCAACAAGUGAAUUCAGGUAUAAUAAAGUGCCAGAUAAAGAAGUCAGAAAUUUAAUAAAAAACAACUAGGUUGAUAACAGGUGUACUUGUCAAACAAUCUGCUGUUCAAAGUCAUUUAAAUUCAAACACUGAAUGCACCUUUCACAGACAGGUAUGUGCAGUGUGUUCUCAUGUACAUAUUAUUUACCUGUUACAAUGUAUUUGGAAACUAUCACAUCAAUGAAUUUCUAUGUUUCUGUUACAGAGAUAGAUUUUGUAUUUAUUUUACCUGGUAUAAAUGGUGGUUCUGAUUCAUACUGAUUGAAUUCAUUCCACCACCCUUCUUUUCAAAAACACUCUGCCAGCACCACCUUCUGUUCUCCUGUAGCCUGUCCUACUGUCUACCAUAUCAAAUCUGUCUGGGAUGUACUGGAUGUGAAAAAUGUUUUAAGCAUCAAUAAAACAUCUACAA